AUGUCCUUCGACCGGCUCCCAUCUCUCGAGGCGCAACCGACCACCACUCGCCGUCAGGAUGACCCCCAGUACCGAGAUGACCCAGAAUUCUCCCACCUGACUGAGACACUAUCCACACGUCUAUUCGAGCUCACAUCCAACAUCUCGCGCCUGUCACAACAGAUAUCGCUGCUGGGCACCAAACGAGACACCGAACGAGUGCGGGAAAGAGUGCACGACCUGCUAGAAGAGACGAAAGAAGGAUUCAAAGAAGUCGGCGAGGGUGUCAAAAAGAUACAAGGCUGGGAGGACUUGAAUGCCUCGCAGAAAUACACGGUGCAAAAGCUGUCCCGCGAAUUCGGCGCCGCCGGCCAAGAAUUCCAAGUGAUCCAACGCCGCGCACUAGAAAAAGACCGCGCCUCCAAGGCCGCCCUGGAAGAAACCACCUCCCCGUCCGCCGAAGGCCGCCCAUCCUCCCAGCAGGACCAGCAACAACAGCUGCAGACCCAGUCACCGCGCCUGGCCCCGCAAGGAGAAGUCGACUUCCAGGAAUCCCUCAUCAUCGAGCGGGAAUCCGAGAUCCGCAAUAUCGAGCAGGGCGUCUCCGAGCUCAACGAGCUCUUCCGUGACGUCGCGACCAUAGUGCGGGAACAGGGCGACGUCAUCGACGCGAUUGAUUUGAAUGUGGAGAAUGUGAGGAAUGACACGCGCGGGGCGGAUACGGAGUUGACGCAGGCGAGUCGGUAUCAGAAGAGGGCGAGGAACAAGGCAUGCUGUUUGCUGGUCAUCAUGGCGAUCGUGCUGGUGGUUAUCGUGUUGGCCGUCGUUCUAGGCUGA